UUUCCGCUUCAUGAAAUUUGAUCGCAUUUGUGCACCAAUCGAGCACACGGAGCACACCAUUCCGACGAGCAAGGCGUGCGGCCCGGCAGGAUGCUGUGCAGAUUGGUUGGCAAACUUGGAGGGUGAGUCGGAUCAAUAAAAGGGGAGCCGGAGUGUCUCCAAGCAGUCUCUCCACGUAACGGGGCCCUUCGAGGCCAGGACAUGUGUUCUCACCACAUAUCAAGAACAACUUUGGUCUUUUUUCAAUUGGGAGUCGCACUAUGUACGGCAUCAGGGCAAAAUUACGGCUCGGGUGUGAACAGCUAUGCCGAGUUCUUCUGCUUGUCGCCCCAAGAUUGCCAAAACUACUUGGGCGCGAUUUGCUACAACCAAAGGUGCAUGUGUGAUAUCCACGGCAGAAUCUAUCCGCCUUGUUACAUUCCUCAUUAUGGCGAGGAAUGCAAAACGGAUGCAGACUGUAAUUACAGGGAAUUGAACUUCAUAUGUCUCAAAGAGAUGGCCGGCGGUACGAAAAAGAUUUGCAUGUGCAGAAGAGGGCAGAUAUGGGAUAUCGUCUCGAAACGGUGUUACGACCAAGACACCCCCUACAUAAAUGUUGGUGAAAAAUUCGAUCCGACAAGAGAUGUAAUCAUACCUUCAGUGAUUUUGAUGACACUCGGAGCAACGGCAUGGCUAUGUUUCAAACUAUUCUGCAACAAUUGUGGGAAAAGUUGGAGAAGGCGGAGGAGAGGACACACGGUCCCAAGAGCUAUAGGAGACGGGCAGCUCCCGGUUGUCGGGCCGUCGCAGUCCACGACGUGGGUCGCAUCUUACAGGGUUUUUGGCCCGGUGAACGGAGUCGAUUCCAGGGCUUUCACUCGUUGCUUACUUCUUCCAGCUGGACCGCCGCCGUACGAAGAGGCCCUUAAGCACAAAGUUGUCCUGAGCAGCUAUCAACCACCCCCUACAACUCCUCCUUUGGAUCAUGCUCAACUGUGAUCUAUCUACAUUUCAGAUUGUAUAAAUUUCUUUGACUUUUUUUAAUUUAAGCUUCAACAUAUCUUAGAUGCAGGUUCAAAUCUUGAUGUUUUUUUGUUCUAAUGAAACUGAAAGUUUUUUUUAUUUUAAAUUUUAGGCUAAUAUAUUUCUGACAAGGUAUUUAUGAAGUUGGAUCGAUUUUUAGAACUUUAUAAAAGAAGUAAUAUUUCUUUACAUUUAUUUUCAAAACUUUAGAUUUUCCAGAAAGAAUAUGAAAUACCCAAAAAUAUAUUUUUACUUUUAAAAUAGAGUACUUUUUUAUUAAAAAAAUAAAUAAAUAAAUAAAGGUUUUUCGUGUUAUUUAAAGAACUAGUUCAAACUACUCUGAAAGGUCAAAUUUAGAAAAGGAAAGACUCAAAUGUACAAUAAAAUAUUUUGAGACAAUAAGGACCUUUACCAGUAUUCGAAAUAACAUUUAGUGAUUGUUUAGCAUGUUGAUUUCACUAUUGAAAUGGUAAGGCAAGAGUGAAAGGAAAAUAGUACCAACAAUUUUCAUCGUUAACAAAUCUGUGUUUUAAAAUGUACGUUUAAUGUUUAGCUCAAGGAUAAUUGUUGUAGGUGUAUAAAUUUUACUCCCUUACUAAAUCCACCGUUCGAGCAAUGAAACAUACCUUCAGGGUGAAUUUAACUCCAUUCACCCCUAUAUUUUUUUAUUGUUUUAUUUAUUGACAAUUAAUUAUCCAUUGAAAUUAUAAAUAAAUUGAUUCUUGGUUGAAGACGUUGGAGAAGAUUUAGUUUUUCUCAGAAACAAUGUUCAAUAUUUUUUCUUUUUUCGGUCACAAAUUAAAACCCAUUUGCUCCGUUGAAUUCAGCAUCAAACAGCCUUUAAAUAAAAGUACAUUGAUGCAUAUACUGCUGUUUUUCAAGCUAAAAUAUAUGCCAUCAACACUUGGAAUAUCUUGUCGGAUAGCCAAGCAGCUAUUAAAAUAUUAGCAUGUAAAACCAAAAGAAAAUCAAAAUUAGUUAAUGAAUGCAUCCAAAAUUUCCAAAACCUGGAGAAACACAACAUGAGGGUAUCAGGACUCAGAGGAAUUUUGGGUAACAAAAAGGCCCUUAACCUAUUCUAGAGAUGACAAAAACAGAAUUUUAAAAAAAAGGGGAAAAAGAAAAGAGGAAUAUAAACUCUAGCAUGACAUAGUAAACACUGCUAAGUAAGAAAGGGCUAAACUCAAAGAAGUGAUAGGAUCUGAGAAAACAUGUACACAACGUGGGUAUAUUCAAUGAUGACUACAUUUGUAGGUUAUGCAAUAAGGAGAAAGAAACUGCCAAAUCAUUUUUGGAUAUGAAGAAACUACUCAAUGGAGACAUUACCUAGGAUAGAAAGAAAACCCACAUAAAAAAAAGGAGAAGUGGAUAAAAUCUAGAGGAGCUAGAUACAGUAAGGUUAUGUUAAAACAACCAACCCUCAUCAAGACUGGCUAAUUCACUGCUAGGUUAGAAAGGGCUAAACUCAAAGCAGUGAUAGAACCUGAGAAAACAUGUACACAACAUGGGUAUAUUCAAUGAUGACAAGAUUUGUAGUUUAUGCAACAAGGAGGAAGAAACUGCCAAAUCAUUUUUGAAUGCGAAGCAACCUCUAAAUGGAGACAUUUACCUAGGAUAGAAAGAAAAGCCGCAUUACAAAAAUAAAAAACGAAAAGUGGGUGAAAUCUAGAGGUGCUAGAUACAGUAAGGUUAUGUUAAAACAACCAACCCUUAUCAAGACUGGCAAACUCACUGCUAAGUUACAAAGGGCUAAACUCAAAGCAGUGAUAGGAUCUGAGAAAACAUGUACACAACAUGGGUAUAUUCAAUGAUGACCAGAUUUGUAGGUUAUGCAACAAAGAGGAACAAACUGCCAAAUCAUCUUUGAAUGCGAAGCAACCACUCAAUGGAGACAUAACUUGGAAAAGGAAUGGCAGUCACUGACCUAGCACUUUUUAAGAGAAGGAUCCAGUUGAAUGCACUGAACUAAGUACCAGCAAAGUACAGUAAGCCAGAAAGCUUCAGUGCUUGAGGGACAUAAAACCCCGAACUUUGAAAUAGUUCGUAUCCCAUUAUCAUGGAGAGCAGAUCAAUCUUUUUCGAAGACAAAAAAUAAAAGUUUAAAUGUCAUGGGGUUUUUUACCACAGAAGUUAAACUCACCCUGUAGAUAUAGUAUACCUGUGAAUGUAAAUUAGGAUUUAUUCUCUCCACCCUAGUGGCAUUCUGUCCAAUAUAAAGUAAGAGGAAAUGUGUUGUAAUGGAGAUCAACUGAGAUCAAAUUUUUGUUCUUUUUUAUGGUAGUUUCAAAACUGAACCCAUAUCAGUCAUACAAAGAAUCGUAUAUUAUUUACAUUUUCUUUCUUUUGUUCAACCAGAAGGUACAAACUAACUAGCUUGUGGGCCCAGAGCUAAUAAUAUUCUUCUUAAAGAAAAAUAAAAGUGUUUUUAUUCAUGUAAGGGCCUGUACUUAACGAUGUGAUAAAUAUCUACUGUAUUCCCUAAUUAAACACAUAUCAAAUAAUUUUCAUUAUAUCUAUUUGAUAUUUUGAUUUUUUUUCUAGAACCGUUUACGUUCAAAGGGUGUUGAAACUAGAGAUGGGGGCUCAGCUCACGAUCAAAAGAGUUAAUCUUAAAUCUCUACCAUUCUGAUACUAAUCCUUAAACGAUUUUCGCACUAUUUUGAAUUUUGUCUUUACCACCACUCAGCGACUUGAUAAGUGACUUCACCCUGUAACUACAGCAACUCUCAUCGCUCUUCCUUCUCCUGAUUCAAGUUUGAACGCUUUGCAAUGGUACUUCGUAGCUUUGAAAAUUAAUCAGGGAACACAUGACCCAACACCAAUCUGAUGCCCAUUUUUCGAUAGGACGGUAUUUCUCCUGUGCACAUUUGCCUGAUGCCUCUUGCAACAUGUUACAACUCAGGUCCCACUGUCUAGAUUUUCGUCAAGCAGUGUCGUGUGGUUUGUAAUAAUUUGAAUAUAUAUACUCAAAGACAAAAAACAGUUCACU